AGGAGGUGGUGGUGGUAGUGAGAGUAUGAGGGACCGUCUGUCGCGGGACGGUUUGGGCAGCUAGGGCGCUGGGCCGGGAGGAGGCGGCAGGAGCAAUAACAGCCUGAACAACAACAACAGCCGCGCCGCGCCGAGCCGAGCUGCGCCGAGAGCCGCGCCGAGCCCAGCCCAGCCCAGCCCAGCCCAGCGGUGCCGCGCCGUGCAGCCACCGGCACCCCGCGCUCGCACCCGCGAUCGCGAUCGCGAUGGCCUUGCGGAGCCCCGAGUCUGGAGGAGAGAAGGGGCCCUGGGAGACCGAGGCAGAGGCGGAGGAGGAGGAGAAGGAGGCGGCGAGCAGCCCCGAGCCCGAGCUCACGGUGAGCACCCGCGGCCCCGGCUCCGGCCCCGGCCCGGGCUUCCAGCCCCCCGAGGGGGGCUAUGGCUGGCUCGUGGUGUUCGCCGCCACCUGGUGCAACGGCUCCAUCUUCGGCAUCCAGAACUCCUUCGGGAUCAUCUACACAAUGCUGCUGAAGGAAGAGGGAGGGGAGAAAAGCCAGCAAGAGUUUAAGGCAGCGUGGGUUGGAGCCCUGGCUAUGGGAAUGAUCUUCUUGUGUUCCCCCAUCGUGAGCAUCUUCACCGACCGGAUGGGCUGCAGAAUCCCAGCGACGGCCGGGGCAGCUGUCGCCUUCAUUGGCCUCCUCAGCAGUUCCUUCACCAACUCCCUGGAAGCCCGCUUCUUCACCUAUGGCAUCCUGUUUGGCUGUGGGAGUUCCUUUGCCUUCCAGCCUUCUCUGGUCAUCCUGGGCCACUACUUCCAGCGGCGCCUGGGGCUGGCCAACGGGGUGGUAGCUGCUGCCAGCAGCCUCUUCUCCAUGUCCUUCCCUUUCCUGAUGAAGAUCCUGGGGGACAAGAUCCAGCUGGCACAUACCCUCCAGGUGCUCAGCAUCUUCAUGCUAGUCCUCAUGCUCCUGUCGCUGACCUACCGGCCCCUCCUGCCCACAACCCACAAUCCCCGGGCCAAGGUGGGCCGGAGCCUCCGGCAGCAGUGUCUGGGCCACUUGACCAACUACUGCAACAUGAGGGUCUUCUAUCACAGAACCUACCGCAUCUGGGCAUUCGGCAUCGCCACGGCAGCUCUGGGCUAUUUCAUCCCCUACGUGCACUUGAUGAAGUACGUGGAAAAGCAGUUUACCGGGGAGAAGAUGAUCAAGGACACCUGGGUCCUCUUGGUGUGCAUCGGGGCCACCUCGGGCAUCGGACGCUUGGUGUCUGGCCGGAUCAGUGACUCCAUUCCCGGCCUAAAGAAGAUCUACCUACAGGUCAUCGCCUUUAUGCUCCUGGGCCUAAUGUGCAUGAUGAUCCCUCUGUGUAAGGGAUUUGGCGGCCUCGUGGUAGUCUGCCUCUUCCUUGGCCUGUGUGACGGCUUCUUCACCACCAUCAUGGCGCCCGUUGCCUUUGAACUAGUUGGGCCCAUGCAGGCAUCUCAGGCCAUUGGCUACCUCCUGGGCAUGAUGGCACUGCCCAUGACUGCUGGACCCCCCAUAGCAGGUCUCCUCCACAACUGUUUUGAGAACUACCACGUGGCCUUCUACUUUGCCGGCGUGCCACCCAUCAUCGGAGGCAUAAUCCUGUUCUUUGUCCCACUGUUCCAUCGGAAGAUGCCCAAGAAGCAGGAGAUGGACUCCAGCAAGGACAAGAUGCUGGCCUCAGACACCAUCAUGAAUGGAGAUCUGCUGCCCGGGGCCCCUGCCACAGAGGCUCACAUCUAAUGUCCUGCCCCCAUCGCCGCCUCCCCUGGCAUUCACCCUCUGACCUCCAGCACCUCUCCCUCAACCCAGCCACGGGCAUUUCCUGCACCCCUUUUGGGUGCUCUGUGUUCAUUAGCCAAGUUCUCCCCACUUAAUGCCUUGUUUCUUUCCAGCACCAGGAGAUGGGCAGCAUCUCCGGUAGCUUUUCUCUUGCCUUUUGAACUCACCCCAGAGAUUUCCUGAUCUCCCAGUGAGGGUGGGGAGGUUAUAACCUACUGGCCCCAGCUUGGAGGUCACCAGUGAAAACUAGUUUCUGGUAGUGGUCCCUCUGGUCCCAGGAGCCUUUGGGGCAGACCCAGGCCCCCAAGUGCUGACAGGUUAGUCACCCACAGUCCAUCUCUCUUUGGGAGUAGUGGGGAGGCGGCAAAUUCAACUGUCAUUGAUGGCUCCAGUAGCCCGUGACUUUGAGUGAUACCUCUCACCCAGCUAUUGGCAGUCCCUUACCAGUGGUUCUGUCCAUACCAAUGGGAGGGCUUUGAUGGUUGGCUGGCUGUGUCUCCCCUUUCCCUUGGAGGCAGUUCCUUCUUCCUUUUCUUGUUACUUUGCUUCCCCCCAUCCCUUCUUCUUCUGUGUCUUCUUCUUACAGGGUGCUGGGACAGGGGAGUGAUCCAUCCAACUAAUGAGCAUCUGUUAAGUGCCAGGAACUGUGCUAUAGGUGCUAGGCCGUGCCCUUCCAGGUACGGGGUGGUCCGCCCCAUCCCAUCCCAUCCUGUCCCAUCCCAUCCCAUCCCACCAGCGCCAAAUCCACUCAGUGCCAUACGUGGCUCUGGGUGGACCAAGAUCAGUUGCAGUAGAGGCUGAUUCUUCUUGUUUCUCCCAUAUCCCAAUCGAGGCGAGAUUGGACUUUCUUGUAUCUCUGAGAUUUCAUCCAGUUCUCACUCUUUGAAUUCCACAAACCCUAUUUUCCCAGGGUGAGGAUGGGGCAGGGUGGGGACAGGUAAUAUUUCUAUUCUUUGUCCGUUGAUCCUCAUGGAUCCUCCCGACGCUGGGAUCUGAGUUUGGGGUGGGGUGGGGAGAGGGCCGUCCUCCAGGAGCGCCUUGUCGCUUCUCAUCUCAAGUUCAACAAUCCCUGGGCUUAUGGGGAGCUCCUCCAUCUGCCACCCCCAGGACACUCGGCAAGUAAGGGGGUCCUGGGUGUUCCAAACCUUUGAACGUUGGCCCGCACAAGGCGGAGGCAGGCCCAGGCCCCUGCUAGCCUCAUUCCAAAACUUCUGCCCAGUGUUGCGAUUAUCACUCAUUUCGUCCCCAAGCUGGUCCCUCCCAUUCCAUUACCAUGUAGCAGAGGGAGGCCCAUAGUUGAUUCAGCCCAUUACCCAGGAGACAGCUGACCUCCUCUAGUGUAAGCCGACCUCAGAAACACUGCCCCUCGGUCCCUGUGCCUCCCUCCCUCAGUUACCACAAGGAGCCCUCGUACGUCACUUUGCGCUCAUAGCCGGGUCCUAUACCGACUCCACUAGGAACACAAAAUCCAAAGCCCCGGUCAUUUGUCGGGCAGUCUAACUUUGGUCCGAUUCCUUGCCCUCCCGAGGCUCAGUUCCCUCUUGUAAAACGGGGGCAUCGAACCACAUGAACUCUAAACCGCUUGUCAGGCCCAUCCAGAAACCCACCUCGGACUCUGUAGCGAUGGGUCAGUGUUAUGGAGAAAGGCCCAGGUCCCAGUCACGUGGAGGGAAUGUCUGGAGCAGCUCAGAGGAGGAGGAUGGGAGGUUUCAUUAGACAACAAAGAACCAUCUUUUCAUCGUCCCCCUUCAUUUGUUCAGGGGAAAAUCUAUUGCCUCCAUCCUGACCCCACCGCCACACUGGGGCCCUCUGGGAUGCUCUGUUUAGGAGGUGAAAUGAGGGAGCUGGCGUGUCCCCAGCAGCAAGGGGCGCCCAGGCGGGAGCCUGACCCUAGCUAAUGCAGGCACAAAAGCUGCCAGGAAUAGACAGCCCUGGCCCAGGCCUCUCUCUAUGAAGCAGAUGCCAGCUUCUUGCCCCUGCCUGGGCCCUGGGCAGCAGUCCUGCUAAAUACCACCCGAAAUGCCCCUGGUCCGAGAACAAAGGAAACCAUCAGGGCCACUUGAAGAUUCGCUCAUUAGGCUUGGAACAGCCACGCUAGGGCCCCUUCCCAGCCUCUCUCCACUUGGGCCUCUGGCCUCUGGCUUUGUGUCUUAAUGUGUACAUCUCUGGGUCCCCACGCCGGCCGGCCGCAGUUCUGGGGAAUCAUUAGCGUGGCAGUGAAUGGGGGCCGCUGGGGCCUUUGCCCCUUCUGCCCUCCAGGGCCCCGAGGGCAGAGAAGGAUCCCGUGAGCCCCCUCCAGAUUUCCUUCUGGACCCUGGCUUGUCUGCAACAAAAUCACUCAACCAAACAUGGGGAAGAGACAAUCCCACACUGAGCUUGUUUUCCAAACCAUGAAGUUUUACUUUACAAACUGGCAGCCGGGAAGGCCUUGGCCAGGACAAGGGUUGGCGCCUCGCUUCUUCCCGGUCCAGGGCCCUCGGCCCCUUUGGCCAGGCACCCCUUCCCGCCCCUUUUCCGGCAGCACAGUAUCAUGGAAGGAACACUGGAUUUGGAGUCCAAAAAGCUGCCUGUGAAUCCCAGCCUUGUCACCACGUGACCUUUACGGAGUCCCUUCUCUGCUCCAGGCCUCAGUUUCUCCAUCUUUAAAAGGAGAGGGUUGAACCAGAUGAUCUCUAAGGCCCCUUCUGGUUCCCAAAUCCUAUAAUCUGUAGCAACAGAGACAUUCCAAAGCCUAAGACCUGUUAAGCCUUGCUGAAGUAGAAGGGUGGGCACGGGAGGAAUGAGACAACUCGGGCUUUUGUUUGGAGUGCUUGGGGACUUCCUUCCUGUCACAGGCAUUCUGUUUCCACCUGGGAAGAAGGCGGACUUCCUGGUACCUAUAAUACCUAGGGCCUCACCAGUGAUGGCUGUUGCUAAUCUCAGAUUCCUCACGGACAACAGUCUCACCCUGAUCCCUCCUCUACCAAGAGGGCUGGCCCCCUUGGCCUUUCUGCUGGCCCAGUGGCCGCCCUGCCGACUGAUGGGGAAACGGGAGUCCUCGCUCAGUUUCCCCUGUUGCAGGUGAUCGGCUAAGUUCCCCCUUCCUGUCUAGAUGAACGACAGAAAGGCCGAACCCCCCCUUUGCCGGCAUCAGCCAAGGCCAUGUGAUAUAACAUGCCUCUGCCUCCCAAAUGCGUGUGAGUGACCCAAGUCUUUGGGGGAAGUUGGCCACGGGAGCACAAUCCUAAUUUGGAGUCCAGUGAGUGGCUGGGAUCUCGCACGAAGGCCGGGACCCGAGAGCAGCAAAAUGGGGGUAGAAGUCUCAGGGGCAGCAAAGGGUUUAGAGGGACUCCUAAGAUGGCCCUUCAGAGUCUCCUCAGCAGAAAGUCAAAGCAGACCUCGCUGCCUGCUGCUCGGGGCCGUGGACAUUGAAAUCCUGGAGGAGUUUGGAACAAAUAAACAAAUGUGCAAACUUUGCCUCGGUAUGUACGCUGGCUCCCAGGGUGCAACAGGCUUGACCCUGUGAACGCAGGAAGUUUGGCUUUGGGACCAAGGAGGCCACAGUCUUGUUUGAAAUCCCCAAAUCCUUAUUCUCUGCCAGAGCGGAAAUUGGAAAUGGAGCCGUGCAGGGGGCUGGGUUGGGCUGCUUUGGAUUGGAUUCUUUCUUUUCAACUCAAGUGGAAAAAGCCGUUCCUUUCAAAAAUGGAACGGCCUAGGGCGGCUAGCAUCCCAUCUUUCCUUUGGCCAGGUGGCGGAUGCGGGGGCCACGCGCUGGUGAGGAGGACCUUUUCUUCUCCCGCCUGCUGUUGGAACUGGUCAAUUAUGACAGUGGUCCCGAAUCCCGGUGCCACCCCGAGCCUCAAGGCUUGGUGCGCCCGAAUGGCCACUCCUGGGAAAGCCUGCAAAAAGAGGGUCUGUAAAUAAAGGCCUCCAUAGGGCUAGAGACGGGGGCCAACUUCAGUUCACUUACGAGGUUUUUUUUAAUGACUUUUUAAAAUAUUUCAACUAUCAAGCAUUUAUUUUCUCUUCUACCUCCCCCACCCUCAUUGAAAGCUGUUGAGGAUUGGCUAUCGGGAGGAUAUAGGAGGAGGGUGAUGUUUAAGGAAUGAUUUGUCAAUGAUGGAACUUGAGGCACCUGGGGAGGCAUGGCAUGGGGGAGGCCAGCUUCACGACAAUCCACCAACAUACCUUAUAUAUGACCGCACGGGAUAGGGAAUCGGGAGACCUGGACUUGAAUCCGCCACUUACUGGUGGUCUGACUUUGGGCAAGUCCUCUCUGGGUCUCAGUUUCCCCAUCUGCAAUAUGGCCAGCCUCUAAGGUUUUAUUUGUAUUCCCCUUGGAUGAAAGAUGCCAAGAUGGCUCUCAGUGCCUCGAAGCUCUGAACGAAGGAGUACCGGAUGGGAGGGAGAGAUCACGGUCGCUGUUCUCUUCCCCCCAUCCCCGUCCCCAUCCCCUCCCCCCAGCAGCACAGAGGAGAUGCCGCUUUCUGGAAGGUGGGAGACAGACAGCCUCAUCUCUCCACUACUUGUCCCUGCUGAGAAAAAAGCAAAGCCUUGGGAGGUUGCUCCAAUUCACUCUCCCUGCAGGGUAAUGUGGUUUCUUGUCUGACCCUGGUGCCAGACUAAUUCUGCCCCCACCCCACCCCACCCCAGCUCUGCCUGUUGGGGCUCAUUACUCAGCCCCAACACCCGGCUCCCAGCUACUACCCGAGGUCACAGGCUGCUCCCUGGCCUUCCCCCAACCCAAGCGCUCGCCUCCACCCCCACCUCAGCCCCCUGAAAACCCCCGGGCCCCAGUCUGUGUUUGAUCACCCCAAAUCAUUAGAUUUCAAAGCUAGUGAAUCCCAUAAUUUUUAUGAGCAUUUUCUCUCCUCUCUUUCAUCUCUAAGAAGGCAACAGACCUACCUCCCUCACAUGGUAGCCUCAGUUGCUGGCUCCAUUGAGAGCUAUGAGAAAGGGGCCAGCCCUCGGGGGGGGGGGGGGUCAAUGAUGCCUUUGGCUGAAGGCUUGGUAUCUUAGAAGAUCUCUUCUGCCUGGUGACUCUCCCUGGGAGGGAGACAGACCCAGACUUGGGACUGCUGCAGGCCAGGAGAUCAGAGGGACCACUGAGCAGUCAGAACUGAGGCCAGAGGGAGGCCCCGAGCCCGAGCCCAAGCCCGGAUUCUCCCGGACAGGGCUAUUAUCUGCACGUCUUGGUCCAGAGCAGGCCCAAGAUCACUUUUCAGCUUGCCUGCUCUUGGUCUUGUGCUUAUCUCAGUCCCUGAAAUUACCCCUGAGUCUCCCUGUUCCACUGGCUUCAGAGUCUGCCCGAGGCCCAGCUGGCCUACCGUUUCCCAAAGUACGUUGCCUUCUUCUGAAGUCCCAAGAGUCCUCCCUAUCUACUUCUCCUCCUUUCAGCCUCCUCCUCCGGCAGCUGGCUGCUCACCAGCAAAGCCUGGCAGAAAGAUUCCAGUGGUCCCAGAGUUCCCUCUCUGCCUCUCACCCGACCUGAGGCUGUUGGGCUGGCCCCACCGAGAGGGCCACUCGGGCUUGGUUCCCCUAGAGUGCCAUCCCUGCCUCCACUCCAGGAAAGGCCAGAGUGCAGCCUUCACAUCAGCAUCCUUCCCAGGCCCUCCAUCCUGGGUCAUCUCCACCUCUGAGCCAGCCGGCCUUCUCCACAGAAGCGGGCCUAGCCGGAGGGAGCUCUCGGCAGCAUCGAGGCGGGGUCUGCUCUAUGGGCUAUCUCGUCUGGACUGCCUAGAAACAGAGUUGUGUAGCCAUGUGUAUUUUCCUCCCUUUUCUUCAAUCUGCUGUUACAAUUUGCUGAGCUUUCUUUUGUCAUGUUUGCAAAACCCAGCUGUUCACAAAUUGGCCUUCUUCCUCAGCCAAGAGCCGCCCUUCAGAAGAUUCUGAGAUUAUAUUCUACACCUCUCAAGUAUUGUAUUAAAACGUGACAAUCCUU